GUGUCGCCAGUUGGUCAAUUGCCGCACAGGGACGUAGCUCGUGAUUCCAGCCGUCCGUUAUCGGUCAUCCCACACCUCUCACUUUCGCUCUGCAGCGCAUAUAACUGCAUAUGAUGCUGACAUAUUCCCAGUUAGUAAUGAUCCUUCCGUCUAUAACUGCACCAUCAAUGGCGCUCAAUCCCGGUUCGCACGCGGCUGUAAAUCCGCCGCGGCGUCCGUCAGCUUCCCGCUCGCACCUGCCAGUGGUGACCCUCAGUUCCGCGACCGCGACUCACGCGAGUUGCCGUAUGCGGCCUGCUCCCGUUCUUCGCUUGAUAAUCUCGUCACCGCAAUCCGUUAGCGUCAGCAUCAUACAAGGUACCCGCAAGCGGCGGCGCAAUCGCUCUUUGCUACGUACCGGCACAUGCGCCGCAUCCUCCGCCGCGUCUUCCGCCGGGUCGUCAGCCCCAGCCGGGGUUCCCUCGCUUGACGAACUCCGUCGAAGGCUGGAGCGGAUGGGGAAAGCGGAGACGGGAGAAGGAUCAGAAAGGGGAAGGAUAGAAGGAAGUGGCGCCGGAGGAGUGUGGGAGAACGUGGCGAAGGCGUCGACUCGGCUGUUCGGACAGGGGGGAGGGGGGGAGGGGGAGGGGGAGGCUGUGAGAGUGGUGCUGUACAGAGACGAUGCGGCGUGGUGCCCCUUCUGCCAGCGCGUGUGGCUGCAGCUGGAGGAGAAGCGGAUUUCGUACAGGGUGGAAAAGAUCAACCUCAAGUGCUAUGGGCCGAAGCCUGACUGGUUCUUGCAGCUUGUGCCCAAUGCCAUGCUGCCAGCUGUACAGUUGGACGGCCGUGUGAUCACAGAGUCCGUGACUAUAAUGAAGGAGAUCGAAGCCGCCUUCCCCGACCACUUGCCGCUGCUCCCCCCUCCGUCCGAUGCGCAUGCCACAGCAACGGCGGAGCAGCUGAUGGGGCUGGAGAGGCGGCUCACGCGGGCUUGGCUGCUAUGGACCAAGGGGAGAGAUGCGAUCCGGUGGCUGGGUGGUGGCAGUCGGAACAGCAGCAGCAGCAGCAAAAGCGGUGACAGCAGCAGAAGCAGCAACGGUGGCGAUGGUGCAAGCAGCGGGGAGGAGAGUGAGGGGCGGAGGGAGAGCAGCGGGGAGGAGAGUGAGGGGCGGAGGGAGUUUGAGGCGGCGAUUGACGCGGUGGAAGAGGCUCUGGUGAAGAGUGGAGGGCCUUACUUCCUUGGGAAAGAGAUGCGUCUGUCAUUCUCUCUCGUGGACAUUAUCCAUGCCCCUCUCCUCGAGCGAUUCGCUGCCAGUGCACCUUACUGGAAAGGCCUUGUAGUGAGGACAAACCCCCGCUGGCCCGCUCUCUCCCGCUGGUACGACGCUAUGCACUCCCGGCCCGCGUACCUCCCUCUCAAGUCCGACGAUUUCUCCAUCACCCACUCCCUCGUGCCUCAAAUCGGCCCCGUGAUCGCCAGUGGCGAUCCAACGGCUGUGGCGCACCGUGCUUAUAUUGAUGGGAGGGAUGGGACGGGCGCGUGGGAUUUGCCGCUGAGGGAGGAGGAGACGGCAUGGGGGAGGGAUGAUGGGACGGGAGGGGAGGGGCGGAGGGCGCAGAGGGAGGUGGUGCGGGCUCUUGUGGGGAACCAUGAGAGACUGGUGACGUUCUGCCUGCGGUCUUUGAGGGAUCCUGCCACUGCUUCAACAGCUGGUGGUGUUGCUGCUGCUGGCAAUGUUGCUGAUGCUGGCGCCUCUGAUGCUGCUGCUCCUUCAAGCAGGCUGACUCAGGCACACCAGCGGCUCAUCCAGGAGGAGCAUCUGGCCCCAGCUGUCAGUGAGGCGUUGCGCCACGUGGCACAUGCUCUGAUGGUCGGCACAGAAUCAGCAGGGCCAUUCCCUGCUGCAUCACACUCGCUUGCGGUGCUGGUCGGUGAGAGUGAGGGCGAUGAUGAGAGAGAAGGGAAGGAGCGGUUGGCUGUUGCCCUUGCGUAUUUGAGGGAUAGGGUGGGAGUGCCCAGGGAUUUGAGUUAUCCAGCUGCAAGGCAAUUGAGAGCUCACUUGCAGUGGGUCAUUCGAUCCUUGGAUUCCCAGCUGUAGAAAUGGUGAUGGUGUGAAUAUGGUUUUUUUCUCCAGAUGUACCACUCACUGUU